GUGAGCAAUGGGUUUCCGUAAGAAGAACAAGAGUCCGCCGGUGCUGAGCCAUGAGUUUGUGAUCCAGAAUCACGCCGAUAUGGUUUCGUGUUUGGCCAUGAUCAUCCUCCUCGGCCUGAUGUUCGAGGUCACAGCAAAGUUUGCCAUAAUGUUCAUCACAGUCCAGUACAAUGUUACUACACAAGUUCUCGAUGAGACGAGCGAGCCAGCGAACCUUUACCAGUAUGGCCCUAAAGAUGUGGCCACUGUGUUUUUCUACUUGCUUAUUGCGGUCAUCCUUCAUGCCUUGAUACAAGAAUAUAUUCUUGAUAAAGUGAACAGAAGGUUGCACCUGUCAAAAACCAAACACAGCAAGUUCAACGAGUCUGGGCAGCUUGCAGCCUUCUACCUGUUCUCCUUUGUCUGGGGCUGCAGCAUCCUUACAGCGGAGGACUUUGCAAGAAAUCCUACUUUCUUAUGGGAGGGUUACCCACACACUCACAUGGUUUUUCAGGUCAAGUUCUUCUACAUUUGCCAAAUUGCCUAUUGGCUCCACGCACUUCCUGAACUGUACUUUCAAAAAAUACGGAAGGAGGACAUCCCCCGCCAGCUCUAUUACAUUUGCCUUUAUGUUGUCCACAUCAUUGGUGCUUAUGUCUUAAACUUCCACCGACUGGGCCUGGUAUUGCUCGUCCCUCACUACCUGGUGGAGCUCCUGUUCCAUGCUUCACGCCUUUUUUACUUCAGUGAUGAGAACAAGCAGAAAGGUUUUACUCUGUGGGCCCUGCUUUUUGUCAUCGCCCGCCUCCUCACCCUCACACUCUCAGUUCUGACGUUUGGCUUUGGGCUGCCCCGUACAGAAAACCAGGGCUUUUCCUUAGCUGAAGGCAACUUCAAUGUUCUCACCAUAAGGAUGACUUGUUUGGCAGCUAUCUGCCUUACGCAGGCCUGGAUGAUGUGGAAAUUCAUUAACUUCCAGUUGAAAAAGUGGAGGGAGCACAGCCAGAACCAGGCCUCAAAGAGGAAGACGCAAAGUCCAAAGAGCACGCCUCACAAAAGGGAUCCUACAAGGGGUGGUGCUGCCAAUGGGGUUGUGAAAUCUGAGGAUAAAACAUCACCACGGGCAAGAAAAGCCAAAGCUUCGUAGAGAUGGAAAAACUGGGGGGACUGAGUGAGGGAGUUCUGACAAUGUGACAUUGUCUCUACACAACUCCACAUUUUCUCUACUGCUCUCCAAAACAACUAUGUAAGCGCACUAAGAAACCUUACAUAACUGUCCCUUUGGGGUUGAAGUUCUCUAUGGAGAAGUUCAGUGUUAACGGUCUGCUAGAAAUGUUUAUUAUUAAUAUGGGUUCUCAACAGAUGGGACAUGGGCAGAACAGAGCUGGUUUUGAUGCUUUAACAGGUAGAUACAGCUCUUCAAAGUGUCCUUUUGUGUGGAACUCUAAUCGCUCUUCGGGUACUUUAAACUGAGUUGUUCUUCAGUAAUUUCACAUUAAAUUAGUUAACAUCACAGUAAGGUACCUUAAAAAGCUAAUUUUGACUUCAGGGCAACUUAAUAUAAAAUGGUAAUGUACAGAUUAAAUGUACGAGUUGUCAUUUUAAGUUAGGGCCUUAUUCAGUUCAACUCACAGAACAGGCCACUGGAUCAUGUCCCAAAAUAAAACCUUUCUGCUCUGCAGGACAUAUCAUGCUGUUGUCAGGAAAAGAUCCUAAAUGAAUAUCAAAUCAAAUCAAAUUUUAUUUGUAUAGCGCCAAAUCACAACAAAAGUCAUGGGAGAGAGGAGGCACA